GCCAUACUCUAUUCUCAUCAACAUUGUGAAGUCCUUUCCGCUGCCACUCAUUGCCGCUUGCGGCCCCUUCCCUUCAUGAUAGAUCUGGAUAUACAAUGCCCGCUCGAAUACGCGUUGCUGCCUUCUCUCGCACACCCUUAAUAUAUUCGUCCUCAACCGCCUUCCAACAUGAACUUCGCUCUAGUUCACGCUAUACUCGCCACUUCUCCCAGUCCUUAAGGAGCAGCACUGUACUGCGUGAUCAGUUCUAUGCAUGGCUCUCCGGUCCUGGACAGAACUUUGAGAAACCACUCCCAGGCUCAACAAAUUACCUUUCGGCUUACACAAGCGACGGGGUACUAAGACGACAGAAGGAGGAAACAAAAGUUGACGAGAAAGAAAAAAGCCAAGAAUCAUCAGCAGCGAAAGUAGCAAAUGAUGGCGCCAGUAUAGACGGACAGAAUGCAGACGAUCCUGCGACCGCCAUGGAUAAUCCCGACAAUACUACGGACACACCAGAGGAGCCUGAAGAACUCAAAGAAGAAGAGCUAGAGAAUGACCAAUUGAAGAAGGAAUCACUCCGUGAUUUACGCCCGUUUCCUAUGAAUCAACAAUUCGUCAGCGAGAGCGUUCUCAGUGAAUCCGUCCGCGAGGACAUCUACAAUCAAGUCGUAAAUAAAGGCACACACGUCGUCAAGGCGUCCGCCGACGCAAACAUCAGUAUAGAGCGCGUCGCUGCUGUUGUGCGUCUAAAACAGAUAGAAAAGAACUGGCUGAAAGAUGGCAAACCCCUCGCAAGAGCCUACUCUCGGGCUGUACUGAGCAUGCUCCCGCAGACUACAUCUAUCGCACAAGCGCACGAGUCCAUCACAGAUAUCCCAAUUCUGCCGUCGACUACACGUCAGGUCUUCCAUCCUGUCCCAGAAUCGCGCCAUUUUACUCGUGCCGACGCAGCAAAGGCUUUCUCGGACAAUCUCAAGCCCGCCGACGAGCGCAUGCCGCAUCAGGAACUCAUCCUGACCAGAAAGCUACAGCUGCAGGGCGAGAGGCAGCAUGCAAUUCGGAUCAAAGUGGCGCAGUUUGCAGCUCAACAGGAGAAGGAACGAAUCGGAAAGCGUGAGGCGCUGAAGAGGAGGGAGGAGAAGAGAACGACGGUGGUGGCGGGACGGAGGUGGGAUUUCCAGAUUAAGGAGAUCAAGGCUGAGGAUGUUGGGUACAAGGGGAAGAAUCCCAAGGGUACAGGAUGGAGGUAUGGAAUGCCGCAUGAGGACCGAAAGAGGGCGCUCAUCAAGAUCCCCGAACGUGUGGAGGCAUAGAUGUGUGUAUACCAUAGGUCAAUGGAGUAGUGUAUAUAUGUUGUUAGAAUAAUCUUGUAUUAUAUGUGUAAUACUGACAUAUCUACACAACACAACCUC